AUGACUGUCCCCGUCGAUAUCCUUGCUGCAGAUGCAGCAGGGAGAAUCCCUAGCGGGGUCUCGCUCCAAUACCUAGCAGAGUCUCGCGAUAGGUCCGCCAUUGUGGGAAUCAUUUUCAUGGUAUGCUUCACGGGCUUGUUGAUGAUUGUACGUCUAUAUGCCCGGGUGUUCAUUGUGAAGAAGACUGGUCUGGACGAUGCAUUGGCCAUCCUGACAUUGAUGCUCUACAUUGCCUUUGUCAUCCUCUCCAUCGUCCUGAUCAACUUGGGAAGCGGUCGUCAUAUCGAAUACAUCCAAUAUGUGCUAUCACUUCCCACGGUCCGCGAAACUGAAGUCCUCGACUUCGUCGCCCACAUUCUCUACACAACGGCUCUUUUCCUAUGUCGUCUCUCCGGUCUAGCCUUCUACUUCCGGCUGACAGCCCGCUCAUCAAAACUCAACCUGAGCAUCAUCAUCGCCGCGCCGCUCCUUCUCGCCGCAUACCUACCACAACUCUUCCUCCUGAUCUUCCACUGCAAGCCGGUAACAGGACUCUGGCCCUACGAGUGGCAGGAGGAGCCAAAGACCUACAAGUGUCUCUCAUGGGGACUCGUCUACUCCGUGAACUCAGGGCUAUCGCUCGCAUGUGACAUGCUGAUGUUCGUGAUCCCGGCCGUACUCAUCAAGGGACUGCACGUCUCUUUAGAAAAAAAGAUCAAGCUAUCAUUUGUGAUGUUCCCCGGUAUUUUCGUUAUCGUGAUCUCCGCAAUCCGCGUUUGGCUCGUAGCCGCAGGUCAAUGGGACUCCGACGGCAGCUGGGCCUACAAUCCGAUGCUGUGCGUCGAGAGCGCCGAGAUUGCUGGAACCCUAGUCGCGCUCUCGGUGCCAGCGGUGAAGCCCGUCUUCGGAAACCUAUUCGCACACAUGGCCGAGUAUACGUCCAGCCACACGCGCUCGCGCUCGCGGUCCACAAAACUGCACAGCCUCGGCCAUUCUAAAACUAUUCCCAGUGCCGCGAUCUCCACCAAUCGGGAUAGCAAGCGUCUCAUUAACUGGUCUAAAAUUGGGAUGGACGAUUAUGAGAUGAUGCCUUCUGAGGUCUCGGUUUCGAGGGAUAUCUUAGGUGGAUCGAGGGGGAGUGAUCGCAGUGAAGAGGCGAGGCAUAAGAUGCACGGAGAGUGA